AAACGGCCUGUCUCCAAGAUUCCAUCCGAGACUGUGUGUGCCAAGUAGUAAAUAUAUCUGCAGUAAACAUAUAUUAAAUUUAAAGUCAGAAGAUUUUAACUCAUUUUAAAUUGCCCAGAUUUAGCCUUCGUUUAUUGUCUGACUUCGCUCACGUCUGUUUGAGUAAAUAUCGCUUUUUAGCGACUUGAACCCAUUCACGGGCUUCUAUCUGCCAGUUAGCAUCACUCUCUGAUAGGCUGCAGUGGAGAGAAGUGUUUACCACCUAAGUGAUUACAAUCUAUUAUUUGUGUUAUCAUUUAAUUCACGCUUGACACUGUGAAUCACAGUUGGUUCUGGGCUUAUUUCGCGACUAAAUAUAAUCUGCAAGAUAUUAGAUACUUAAUGUUCUGGAUCGGCUCAGAUGAAGAGUUGAGGUGACACGGUUGAUGGCUAACUGCCCCUUACUUUUAAUUUAUUCAAAAUGUGUGGUCCGAAACCGUACGGGAGCUUCUUCGUAUAUUUUGCAGCCUUCCUUGGAAGUUUCCUGACAAUUAGCUAUGGCUUCAUGUUUGGUAUGACUCCUCCAACACUUCUCCUGUAUAAGUCUGAAUAUACGCCUUUAUCGAAUGGGCCACUUUCAAAUGAUUCAAUUUCAUGGAUCACUACGUAUCUGUGCAUGGGCGCCGCUUUCGGGGCUGUUUUCUUUAAGCAUUUAUCAGAUUGUUUCGGACGACGAGCUACUUUGAUGUUAGCAGGAAUAAUACAAAAUCUUGGCUGGUUUGGUGCUGCAUUUGGCUACAACUUCACACACAUCUGCAUAUCAAGGCUCAUAGUUGGAUUAUCUGGAGGCUGUGCAUUAACUGUACUCCCCCUAUUUCUCAUAGAAAUUUCCAAGACAAAACACAUUGAAGGUGCCUACAUUACUACGUACAUUUUCCAAGGAUUUGGAAUUAUGUUUGGAUAUAUCUUCGGUACAUUCGCUGAUGUCAUAGUGACGGCAAUAGCUGGACUGGUUAUUUCCGUUCUAUUCUCACUGUGCUUUCCCUUCGUACAAGAAAGUCCUUAUCACUACCUGAAGAAAAACGACAUGACAAUGCUGGAGAAGUCAGUAAGAUACUUUCGAGCUAUUCGGGACUUAGAUCAAAGAUCGCUUCCUGAAUUUCUAGCUGAAGUUGAUAAAUUUAGACAGAAUAGAAAAUUAAUGAAUGGAAAUUCCGUGCCCAAGAAGAACGGAGUGGAAAAUCGAGUCGUAUAUGACGAUGGAAGUAGUCCAAGAAAAGUUAAAUCAUUCGUAUCCUGCCUGAUCCUUGUGAUAACUUCACAACUAUGCGGUUUACUAACAAUUUUAAAUUAUUCGUCAUUUAUUUUCGGAAGUGUAGGAUCUGCGCUGCCAGUGUAUGUAUCCUCCAUAUUGCUGGGAGCUGCCACAUUCGUAGGAGGACUUUUAUCUAUACUCAUUGCAACGUGUUCAUGGAGAAAGUUCAUCAUCUCAGCAUUUUCGCUACUCAUUGGGUUUUGCUUAGCAACGAUAGGAUGUUUUGUCUACACGGAAGGAUGGACCGUCAGUAGCGUCGAUAUGAACUGGGUGCCACUUGUUUGUCUGGUUUUAUAUGUUUUGCUCACGAGUGCUAGUAUUUAUCCAAUGACGUUCAUAGUUAUCGCCGAAGUGUUCUCCCACAAGAUGGCCGACAUGGUUGGAUCCUUUUAUUAUCUUCUUCAUUGGGUACUUGGACUACUCCUCAUAAAGUUCCACUUCUGCAUUGUUGAUUGCAUUGGAUUGGACAUCUACUUCUGGAUUUUCUCUAGUUUUUGUAUAUUUCAAUCUGUAGUCUUAGUUUUUAUAUUGCCGAAAAAGCCGCAAAGAAAUCUGUGAUUAAUGUAUACUGCCUUAGUACAAAAUAAAAGUCAAUGAAUUCUAA